UCCACGAUGGCCGAUUCGACUUGGUGGUACCGAGGAGGGACUUCCAAACAUGACCUGCAUUACAGAAGGGAAGCCGAAGUUAACACCACACUUGAGGAGUUGUUACUCUACUUUGUUUUUCUAAUAACGCUAUGUAUAUUGACCUUUGGGAUGGUCAACCCACACAUGUACUACUUAAACAAAGUGAUGUCAUCUCUGUUUGUGGACACAUCCCUUCCAGGUGAUGAAAGAAGCAGCUUUAGGUCCAUUCGAAGCAUCACUGAUUUUUGGAAGUUCAUGGAAGGACCCCUGCUGGAAGGCUUGUACUGGGACUCAUGGUACAACAACCAGCAGCUGUACAAUUUGAAGAACAGCAGCCGCAUCUACUACGAGAACGUUCUUCUCGGAGUCCCCAGAGUGCGGCAGCUGAGAGUCCGCAACAACACCUGCAAGGUCUCGGUGUUCCAGUCGCUGAUGAGCGACUGUUAUAGCAAAUACACCGCUGACAAUGAGGACGUCUCCGAUUUUGGCCUCCAACGUGACACAGAAUGGAAGUACUCGCCUUCUCCUGCCAACGCCCCAUGGCACUGGGGAUUUGUCGGUGUGUACCGAGAUGGAGGGUACAUAUUCACAUUAUCAAAAUCAAAAUCUGAAGCCAGAACCAAACUCGCUGACCUUCGAGUCAACAGCUGGAUCACAAGAGGCACCAGGGUGGUUUUCAUUGAUUUUUCCUUAUACAAUGCUAACGUCAACCUGUUUUGCGUCAUCAGGCUGGUGGCGGAGUUCCCUGCGACAGGCGGGCUCCUUACCUCAUGGCAGCUCUACUCGGUGAAGCUCCUGAGAUACGUUACCCACUACGAUUACUUCAUUGCCUCCUGUGAAAUCGUAUUUUGUAUUUUUCUUUUUGUCUUCAUAACACAAGAACUGAGAAAGCUCAAUGAGUUUAAGUCUGCCUAUUUCAAAAGUAUUUGGAACUGGCUAGAACUGCUGAUUUUGGUGCUGUGUUUCCUGGCUGUCUCUUUCUAUGCAUACUGUAACAUGCAGAAUUUCCUCUUACUUGGACGGCUGCUGGAAAACACUGAAAGUUACCCAGACUUCUAUUUCCUCGCAUACUGGCACAUUUACUAUAACGAUAUCAUUGCUAUUACUAUCUUUUUUGCAUGGAUAAAGAUAUUAAAAUUCAUAAGCUUCAAUGAGACCAUGUCUCAGCUGUCAUCAACCUUGUCCCGCUGCAUGAAGGACAUAGUGGGGUUCGCCAUCAUGUUCUUUAUUAUAUUCUCCGCAUAUGCCCAGCUGGGGUUCCUGGUUUUUGGGUCACAGGUUGAUGACUUUUCCACUUUUCAAAAUUCCAUAUUUGCACAGUUUCGGAUUGUCCUCGGAGACUUCAACUUCGCUGGGAUCCAGCAGGCCAACUGGAUCUUGGGGCCCAUUUACUUCAUUACCUUCAUCUUCUUUGUGUUCUUCGUGCUGCUGAACAUGUUCCUGGCCAUAAUUAAUGACACCUAUUCUGAAGUGAAGGCUGACUAUUCAAUAGGAAGAAGACCCGAUUUUGAACUUGGUAAAAUAAUUAAGAAGAGUUAUCUUAAUGUUCUCGAGAAACUCCGACUGAAGAAAGCCCAAGAGAGUGAAGACAAGAAAAUGAGAACCACCGGAGAUUUGGCCCAUCAAGCCAGAAAAGAAGGCUUUAGUGAAACCGAGAUCCAAGGGGCAGAGCAGAUGAAAGCAUGGAAGGAGAGGCUUGAGAAAAAGUAUUAUUCUACAGAAAUUCAAGAUGACUACCAGCCUGUCACUCAGCAAGAAUUUCGAGAACUCUUUUUAUAUGCUGUGGAGCUGGAGAAGGAAUUGCACUACAUCAGCUCAAAACUCAACCAAGUGAUGAGAAAGCUGCACCAGUGAU